AUGAUUCCUGAUAUACUACCACGGAGUUCCCCUAUACAUCAUAUACAAUCUGCUCCAGUGUAUUCUAAAUUAUCGAAUUCAUUACAUAGUACACCUACAAAGCAAGCUACCACCUCACCACCACUGGAUCGAGCGGAGACUAUGAACCAUCAAAUUGAAGAAGAUAUUGAUGAUUGUACAACAGAAGUAGACUCAGAAGAAUUGAAUCAAAACAGCAAUAGCAAGAAAAACCAUGAACAAUUUGAAAGUAUUGCACAUAACAUUAAUGAAACCAUUUCCGAGUUAAACACUAUAUAUCAAGAAAUUGGAUAUUCACUACUAGAAACGAAUAAUAAAAAGUCGGAAAUUUUCAAUACUAUCCAGGACACAAUCAAUAAUUUUGCCAAUAAUUUGAAUCGAGAAAAGUCGAAUAUUGAGAACGAAUGUGAGUGGUUAAGACAACAGAUUCGAAUAAUACUAUCAAUGAUAAAUGAUCCGCGGGGAGACAAAUCAUUGGAACUAAUAUGUAAAGGGUUGGUUUUCAAUAAUCAGCAACAAUAUGAAGAUGGAUAUCGAGAGCAAAUUCUUAAUAAAAUAACUGCUAUGAGUGAGGAGUUUAAACUGGGGAAAUUGUCAAUGGAACAGCAAUAUGACUACAUGAUGAAGAAUAUCCCCAAAUUGUCUUUGAUUGAACAACGUAAUCGAUUAAAUAAGAUAUUUCUACAAGUAUUGAAAAGUUUUGUAACGACAUUCAAAAAAUUGAAUCAAGUGAAUCUUGACUAUGUUGAAGUGUGUGAUAUCAUUGGAGAUGAGAAUAUUCCUAAAUCAUCAGUAUUAUUGACAUUGCCUUCCAAACCUGAUGCUGAAUAUCAUAGAUAUGUGAUCGACGAAUUUGAGCGGAUCAUUCAAGCACUAAAUUUUUCAGAUAAGAAUCAAAUACCAACCGAUCAUAGAAAAGAAAAGUUUACUGCCUUUGUAUUGGCCAGUCCAGUUAAGAAGCAUCAAGAAACUAGUGAAGCUAGUAAUGAUGGAUUUGUCAAGUUACGAGAUAUCAAUUAUCAGUUGGUUAGAAUAAUUAGGGGGCUUAGAUUUACCAAAAUCACCAACGAACUCAUUUCAACUAUCAAGUCAGAAAUAGAACAAUGUCAAGCAGAAAUAGAAACCCGAAAGUCUACUGUCAUUGGGAUCAUUGAGAAAUGUAUUCAAUUUAUAAAUGUUUUACAAUUGAACGAUGAUCAAGUUUUACAACUACAAAAAGAGCACAACCCACAUGUCGAGGCAUUGUUGGAUAUGGAAACCUUGAACUUGAUUCUACAAGAGCCUCAACAAUUAGGUUUAAAUGACUCGCAUAUUGAAUUUCUAAUUAGUUUCCAAAACAUGUUACAACAAACAAUCGAUACUAAGCAAGCACAAUGGGAUCAAUAUUCAGUUACAUGUAAAUCGUUAUGGGAAAAAUUAGGUGAAAGUGAAGAAUAUAUCACCAAUUUUUUAUCCAAAAAUAGCUCAUUGACUGAUCUUUCGCUACUAAAUUUUAAAAUGGAACUUAAUCGAUUAUAUAUCAAACGGUCAGAAUAUAUUGAGAGUUUCAUAUCAGAUGCUCGAAGUGAAAUUGAAAAAAUGUGGGACAAGAUGUAUUAUUCUCAAGAUAUGAGGAUGGAUUUUGAAUUUUUCAAUUAUUCAAGUGAUAAUGAAGAUAUUGAUAAGGAAAAAAUUUUGAGUAAACAUGAAGAAGAAUUGGAGAAUUUAAAACAAGAAUAUUCUCAAAAGAAAAACCUUUUCCAAAUGUAUGAAGAACUUCAACAAUUAUUAAAAGAUCAGCAAUUCCUUAUUGAAUCAUCCAAGGAUUCCUCGAGAUUAUUAAGCAAAAAUUCUUGUAAAAUUCUUCUUAACGAAGAAAAAAUUAGGAAAAGAAUUAAUAAGACUUUGCCCAAACUUAUAGACAGUUUGAAAAAGGAAACAAGCCAGUAUAAUAAUAAUGCUAUACAACUGGGCAAACGUACAUUAUUUAUCAACGGGGAGGAUUUUUUUGAGAAAAUAUUAUUCAUUGAAUCAGAACAAUAUAAAAUAUCAGGUGGACGAAAUAAAUCCUCAUCACGGACUGGUUCUAGAGUACCCUCUCAAUCGAAAACAAUAUCAUCAACGAGGCAGCCAUCAAGGGGUUCAAAUCCGCAUAAAUCACCAAUGAAAGUAUUGUCGAGACCUGCAAGUAGAUCGAUCAUCAAUAAGAAUCCUUCUCCCGUAUCUAGAACAACUCUGAAAUGGAGCAAGGAAAAGACAUUCAAUAACCCAACCACAAUAAAAUUGGGUAAUGCUAUCAACAGUAGAUUAGAAGCCCAUCAUCGUCAUCAACAUCUACAACCACAUCACCAAAACACUUCUUUGUUGAGUGAAGAGAGUCCUAUGCGUGCUUCACGUGACAAUUCAGUGUUGGGUAAACCACCACCAGCAAUUCAGCCACUAAUAUCCCCAUUAAAACCAUUGAAUAUACAUAAUGUCGGAAACAUAACUACAAUUGGAACUCCUCCUUCGACAAUGAAGCCUGAAUCCAAUAAUAUAUCUUACGGGAAAGAAAACUGUUCACCAUUUGAUUUAUCUCCAGUUAAAAUCAGACCUGGAUUUUUCGACCACGAUGGGUCGAGAAGGGCUAGUGGGGUUUCAAAUGAUACAUCAACGGUUAUUGGAGAAGAUUACCUCAGCUGGAGAGACGAGAAAAUAAAACAACUCAGAGAAAUAUAA